AUGUCUGCGACCAAGAGGUUAGUUGUUUGUGGUGGAAAUGGAUUUCUGGGCUCGCGGAUAUGCAAGUCUGCUGUAGCAAGAGGUUGGGAUGUCACUUCAAUCAGCCGAUCAGGAGAGCCGACUUGGUCCUCGGUCACUGCAUCCUCCACUUCACCGCCAUGGGCACAUAAAGUCACCUGGGAACGAGCAGACAUCCUAAAGCCCACAACAUAUGCCCCUCUGCUCAAGAACGCCGAUUACGUAGUUCACAGCAUGGGAAUUCUCCUCGAAGCCGACUACAAAGGUGUUAUAUCCGGAAAGGAAUCACCAAUAGCAGGUCUACAGAGGGCAUUCUCUUCUACAAAAGCCGGAUCACAGAACCCAUUGACUCGAAAAUCUGGAGAGGACCUCAAGCCCCAAGAAAAAGAUGGACAAUUGACUUACGAACUAAUGAACCGAGAUUCUGCAAUCACUCUGGCACAAGAAGCGAAUAAUGAGAAGGUCCCAGCGUUUGUCUACAUCUCAGCAGCAGGAGGUGCUCCUGUACUGCCGAAGAGGUACAUUGAAACCAAACGGCAAGCAGAGAGCACCAUCAGUAGCGAAUUUCCAACCAUGCGAGGAAUCUUCAUAAGGCCAGGAUUCUUAUACGAUAGCUCGAGGGCAUUCACAGUACCAAUGGCUGCUAUGACUGGCAUGGGUGCUGUGUUCAAUAGCGUCACUGGGGGUAUCUUUGGAGGUUUCAUGGGCGCGGCUGGAGUGAAGCCUCUAAAAGCAGAUAUUGUUGCUGAAGCUGUGGUCGAGGCUUUGAGCGACGAAAGCGUGAAAGGGCCAGUGGAGACGAAAGAAAUUGAGGAGCUGGCUCAGAAGUCUUGGAGGAAAGGAAUGUUGUAA